UUAAUUAUAGCAACUUCAAUAGCCCUAGCAUUUCAUACUUUCGAAUUAGUUGGUUUGUUCACAGGAAUAUCUACAUUCGCCAACGCUCAAUCAAUUAUUUCUUGCUUGGCUCACGUGUCAGGAUCAGUUGUAUUAAUACUUUUUCAUUUAGAAAGUUGGCCGUCGUAUUUGUUUUGGUACGUCUUUGGAUUCUGUGCAUUUUUACCGUUUAUGACAGAA